AUGAUUCCUAUCUUUGACCGGGUGAUCUACCCAACGUUACGCCGAUUUGGAUUCAACAUGCGACCUAUCACACGUAUCUCUUUGGGUUUCUUUUUCGGGUCCGUUGCCAUGGCCUACACGGCUGGUAUCCAAGCAAAGAUUUACAGCACACCACCCUAUUAUGAUCAUCCAAGUGAUGCAGGUGGCAAGAACUACAUUUCGGCCGCUUAUCAAAUCCCAUCUUACUGCUUUGUUGCAUUAUCUGAAAUCUUUACAUUGAUCACUGGCAUGGAGUAUGCAUACAAAAAGGCACCUGAAUCCAUGAAGGCCAUUGUCAUGUCGCUCUUCCUCUUCACAAAUUGUGUCGCCGCCCUUUUGGGCUUUGCCUUGGUGUCCGUUGCUGUUGAUCCCAAGCUGACAUGGAUGUACACGGGUAUUUCAGGUGCUGCUUUCUGUUGCAGUAUCUUGGUUUGGAUCUUCCAUCGCAAGCAAAAUGACACCGAUGUGCAAGAGGAUAGCAUUGGACGUACUGCAGAGCAGGCCCAAGAAUACAAUGCUGCUGCUGCCAAGCAUAAGCAUGAGCAAGUUGAAUACGAGCUUGAUCAAGAAAAGGGAACUAGUACAAGUACUUGA